AUGGAUUCUCAAGACUUACAGAAUGCGAUCGAUUCGUCCAAAGACUUUAGUAUUUUGUUUCGCGAACUCAAACCACGCAAACGAUUGGCCGAACAGCCUAUCGUUGAGAUCCGAAAUCUGGCCAAUCAUUUGAUUAUAACACUGAACCGAACCAAACCGGCCGUACAAUUGUCGUUAAGGGAAGCCGUGUUCAAAGGGCCCACACAGGAGAGGAACUUCAGUCUCGAGUUGGAGGGACUCAACGAAACGAGUUGUGUUACUCAGGGAUACCUAACACUUAACUCUAACAUAUUUAAUGGAUAUCGAAAGGAUGGCGGACUUAUUAGAGCUGAAAGGGAUCGUAAGUUGACAGUGGAGUGUCACCCAAAGGGCAUCCGUAGUACUCUUCAUGAGGUGGAGUGUCCAUCAGUGAUGACUCAACCGCAGAGGAUAUUCCUCUCCAGAACUGUCAAAGAGAUUCCCACCACUUAUUAUACAGUGAACGGCAAGAGUAAAGAAACCGAUUAUCUAUUAAAAAUAUUUUCAGAACUUCAAGUGACGCUUAAAGAUCUCAAACGAUCGCUUGAGUUGCAGACCAGAGAAACCAAAUCGUUGCGACAAACAAUGGAAAGUUGUGACUUCUGUCGGGCGCGUUUAGUGACGGGUUGUGCGACAAAACCGUGUUUUGCUGGCGUUAGUUGUCUGGAUUUGCCAAAUGGCAGCUUUAGGUGCAGUGCCUGUCCUAAGGGCAUGACUGGAGACGGGAUUGAAUGCCAACGCAUAACAACGUGUAACGACAGGCCGUGUUAUAAAGGCGUUCAAUGUAUUGACGAUGAGGCGCAGGGUUUCCGAUGCGGUCCCUGUCCUAUGGGUUAUAAAGGAAACGGAAGGCAAUGCUCUCCAGCCAUAAGGUGUUCAGAUAAUCCGUGUUAUACUGGAGUAAAUUGUGUCAAUUAUGACAAACCUCCGGGCUAUCGGUGCGGCGCCUGUCCUCAAGGAUUGACCGGAAACGGAGUCACGUGCGCCGACAUCGACGAGUGCGAGUUGGGUCGACCCUGUCAUCCGCAUUCUUCGUGCAUAAAUCUCUCGCCCGGUUUCCGGUGCGGUCCGUGUCCUUCGGGUUACACCGGCAGACAAAUACAGGGAAUCGGUGUAGAGUUUGCGAGGGCUAACAAACAGUUAUGUCUUGAUGUGAAUGAAUGCGAUGACGGCCGCAAUGGAGGCUGCGUUGAGAACUCCCAAUGCAUUAACACUCAGGGCUCGUAUGUGUGCGGAGAAUGUAUUGAGGGCUUUGUUGGCAAUCAGACUAUGGGCUGUCACCCGCAUCCGGGCACGUGUCCCGACGGAACUAUAUGUGACGGAAACGCCGAGUGUAUUAUUCGGAGAGGAUAUUCGAGGUAUACCUGCAGAUGUAAAGUGGGUUUCGCAGGCGAUGGCAGGAUUUGCGGCCUCGACAGCGAUUUGGACGGUUGGCCCGAUCACAGCCUCCGAUGCUCUGACCCGCGAUGUGUUGCCGAUAAUUGUCCUCUAAUACCAAACAGUGGUCAGGAAGACGCCGAUAGGGAUCUGAUUGGCGACGCGUGCGAUGAAGACGCCGACAACGACGGCAUUAUUAACGAUCCCGACAACUGUCCGCUCGUCAGUAAUCCAAACCAAGAAGAUUCAGACGCCGACGGACCCGACACUCUGGGAAACGCGUGCGACAACUGCCCCACCAUUUCCAAUACGGAUCAACUGGACUCCGAUGGCGACGGUUUGGGUGAUCUCUGCGAUCCGGACGCCGAUAACGACGGUGUGAUUAAUAGUCAAGACAACUGUCCGUUAGUGGCGAACAGCGAUCAGUUAGACAGAGAUGGCGAUGGCGUGGGAGACAAGUGCGACAAUUGUCCACUUCAUGCAAAUUCAAAUCAAAAAGAUUCCGAUAAAGAUCUUGUGGGAGACGUUUGCGAUACUAAUUACGACAGAGAUUUUGACGGCAUUCAAGACAAUGUAGACAACUGCCCUGAAAUACCAAAUAGCGAUCAAUUGGAUUCAGAUGAGGACGGAUUAGGUGAUGUUUGCGACUUUGAUAAGGAUAACGAUGGCAUUAAAGACAAUGUAGAUAAUUGUCCACUCGUCUAUAAUCCGGACCAAAGAGAUACCAAUAAUACGGGUGUCGGCGACGCCUGUCGAGGAGACUUCGACGGCGACGGAGUGCCCGAUAAUCUGGACGUCUGUCCGGACAACAGAAAAGUUUACGCCACAGACUUCAGAGCUUAUCAAACGGUGGUAUUGGAUCCGGAGGGGGAGUCUCAGAUAGACCCGCAUUGGGUUAUCUAUAACAAGGGGGCGGAAGUGGUGCAGACAAUGAACAGCGAUCCGGGACUGGCCGUCGGGUUUCACUCGUUCGGUGGCGUCGACUUUGAGGGCACGUUCUUCGUGGACACGGAGAUCGAUGACGAUUACGUGGGCUUUGUGUUCAGCUAUCAGGACAACUCACACUUCUAUACAGUGAUGUGGAAGAAGAACACACAGACCUAUUGGCAGGCGACCCCAUUCAGGGCGGUCGCCGAACCGGGCAUUCAACUCAAACUGGUCACCUCUGGGACGGGUCCGGGACAGAUGCUCCGCAACUCUCUUUGGCACACCGGACACACCGAGGAUCAGGUGAAGCUGUUAUGGCGGGACCCCAGAAAUGUGGGCUGGAAGGAGAGGGUGGCCUACAGGUGGCUCAUGAUUCACAGACCCCUGAUUGGACUGAUCAGGCUCCGUAUCUUUGAGGGCGAGAAUAUGGUCGCCGAUUCUGGCAAUCUGUUUGACAAUACGCUAAAAGGCGGCCGAUUGGGUGUGUUUUGCUUCUCACAGGAGGCGAUCAUUUGGUCGGAUCUGGUCUACCGGUGCAACGAAGCGGUGCCGCAGACCAUAUACAACGAUUUGCCCCGACGUCUGCAAAGUGAGGUCGAAGUGGACACAACCAGAGCGUCGGAGAUCAUACAAGUGGGCCGUCGAAGGGCUGAGUCCUCUUCGCCCACAUUUAUCACCAAAAAUGGUUUUCGCGGAUCAAAGAAAUGAACGCAAGAAUUGAAUUUCAAUGUUCACAACAAUUGUUUCCCAAAUAUAACUGCCUUUUAAAAUGCAUUUCUACUUAUAUUUUAGGCUCCAAUCAAACAAAUAAAUAAAUGGUUAAAAAUUUAAAUAAUUUAAUCAUUAUAUUUGAAGCUAAAAAAGAG